AUGGAGUUGCUCGCUCUUAUGGCUUACCAGCAGCCGUGUAAAGAUGACGCAGACAUUGCGUUGUAUCGGACUUUGUGUCAGGAAAUCGAGUUGCGGUCAGACGAAGCCCAGCCCCUGAUGAUUCGGCAGGCUGCUGCCUCUGCGCUGCAUCACAGUGGUCUUCUGCGUCUGCACAACAAGCAGGACGGCAGUACCGUGUAUGCCGAGCUAGCGCUGGCAGGAUGGAUGAGUGCAUUACGACUGCUCCAAGACGACAGCACGUGUGUGAGAGCUGUUGCGCGGCACGCUAUUGAGAAUGUCCUUGGUACCGUUGACCCGGCUCGCAUACGAUUUUCGUCGUCGGACGCAACGGUGCUAUCUCUCGCGGUGGAGUAUAUCGUAUCCUCCUUCGCGCAUACUGGACACGGUGCCACGUCUUUGUCGAAGAUGUUGAUCCAGCUUAUCGAUGCGCCUGUCGUGCUCACUGCAUAUGUCGGUGCUGCUGGUGCCAAGGCCCUAGACUGGGACAAUUUGUACCGCCGCAUAUUUGAGUACGAAAGCAGCAACUACUUUGCUGAGCGAGACGGGCUCGCACAAAACAUGGUGUACUACUUAUUGGCCCGUUCGACUGGCGAUGAAGAGUCGAUUCGCCUCUUGUGCGAACAGGUCUUGACUCUACUGAACAAAGCACUUCAGAUCUUGAACCAAGAGUCUCGAUGCUCCGACGAGGAAGCCGGUCGGUGGCUAGGUGGAGUUACUUACUACCCGGACGUCUUUUCUCCUGCGUUUGGCCUUCUCGCGGCGGGUGUCGCCGUCGUGACUUCGACGUCACACUCGUUGACUGGCGAUCUCCAGUCUCUAGCUGUACAAGCUCGUGAACUCGCCCAGGAAGCGUGUGGCAUUCACAGCAAAGACGACGUCAUGCAUCCUCUAAUGAUGCGGGCGCUGAAGCUACUUGCCUGUACAGACCAUCCGUCGUCGCGGCAAGAUGGCACCGAGCCUGUGAGAGAGCUGCUAUUUCUGACGCCGCACUGGAUAGCUCUGACCGAUUCGGUCAACAAGUAG